AUGACUCUCGGAUUCUCGUGGAAAACAGCAUCGCUCAGCUGCUGCUGUUUCGCAAUAUUCUGCUCGGCUAACGAUCAGACGCAAUUUACCACCGUGGCGUCUCCGCAGGAGAGUCAACUCGUCGCAUCGAAGGAAAACAAAAAUCCCGACGGCGGCUGGACUUGGAGUCAACCGGACACGUUGUCAUCAAUCAUUUUCGAAACGCAAACUCCUCCGCCAAAUUUCAUCUCGAGUCAUUAUUUGUCAGGACACGGCUUCAAUCGAAACGGGGCCGUCGCACUGAGGUCGGAAUAUUUUCCGUACCCGUACGAAGUCGGUCCUUCGGUAGAAGACGCGCAUCCUGUUUUUCCAACCCAAAACACUGAGAACGCUUUAGCGUCGAUUAAAAAGCAUUUUGCCAUUGUCAGUUUCAUCGGGCUUCUUCUACUCUUCGCCAUAGUCCAGAACACCAUAUCUGCAUCAAGAGAAAAGGAGGCCCUAUCGUUGCGCGAAAAACGUGACAUCGUCGCAAUCCACGGAACGGAUCCCAUGCUCCCCGAGAUCGAAGACGUCUUGAGCGAGGAUACCAAGAUACGUUGCAUGCAGCGUACUCUGUGUCUUGAGAAUAAAAAACUUGGUCAACAUUUGGGAAGAACUGGCAAGCUUCUGGCCAAAUACUUGACACGAACUGUCGAAACUUCUUUGGAGGCUUCUUCCGGCUGGUACAGACUCCUUGAGGAUGCCAGCCAGGCGGGUCUUCGGGGCGAAGACUGUAGAAUCCUUUACAGGGAUUGCAGCCCCGCUGAGGAUUCGAGACCAGAACUAGAUUAGAUUUUGAAGAAAACAAUUUUUUAUUCGACUUCGACAUUCGUUAUUAUACGUGACUUUAAUUAAACAUAGAAGAAGAGAUAAACUCAGUUUACCUGAUCGCAGAAGGCCGUCAUCUCAGAUGCUUUCGGAUUUUGUCCGAAAGUAUACUGAAAUGAUUUGAAAUUGAAUGAAAUGAGAUAAACUGCCCCAGCAAAUAAUUAUACGAUAUGCAUUGUGGCCGAUCUCAGUUAAGUUCUGCAGGCAACCGGCUAAAAGGUCAGAUUUUAAAUGAAUCUACCCUAUAUUCAAAACUUUCUUUAGCUUUCUAUAUGUGGAAUGGAAGAAAGUGUGAAUUCAUUCCAACUCUCGUACCGUUGAAGUAAUACGAUAAACCGGGUUGGGAAAACUGGGUCAAAUGCGAAUUUAACAUUUUUCCCAAGCGUUACGUCGACUACCUAUACGUAAUACAUCAAUUU